GGUAUAUACGCGCCCGCGCCAUCGCACAGAUCCCAGUACCUUAGCAGGAGCCACGAUUCGACCGCCACGGUACCGGGGUGCAAUUCCUUUCCCGGCAAUAAGGCGCCCAGAAAGUUGCUGCGGUCAAGAUUUCUUCUGAGCGAAAGGGAAGCAAAAGAUCUCGUUUAUAUCAAGUCAGCUGCAGCCGAAAGAGCAGAGGCACGCUCCUGGAUCCUCUGCUGGAAUUGAAAAACUCUGCCCGCCUCGAGCUCCGUGAGGACAAUGGCUUUCGAAGCCACCCUGGACGAAACAGGCAAUGCCCCGGACGGCGAGCUUGCCAAGCCGCGGCCCGGUGAAUCCCACGAGUUGCCUUUCCGAACGACAUCCGGUCCACCUCGUAGCCAGGCUUUGACGGGAAAGCAAGAGCAUUACCUCAAGCGUGAACUCAUAUCGGAGCAGGUCAAAUGGGAAGUCUCGGAGCUUAGCUCGCCGACAGCACUACGGCGGUUCGGCGCCCCGUUCAAGUCUGAGUUUGGGGAGGUGUCACCGUUGGAUUCUGAGUUACCUAUUCUGCGAUACAUCUUUGUCCACCAUGUCCGCGAAUUCCCAUUUCUCGACAAGGCCAAGGAGAAAGAGUUUUGGCAGGACAAGUUGCAAGUGUUCCUUGAGUCGUUUGCUAGCAAACACAUCUCAUCUUCCGAAGACCGCUUGGAGGAGACCAAGAGGAGGAAGCUUGCUACAAAGGCCAAGAAGCUGGUUGAGCUGAUGAUGGUGUCAGGAAUCCCAACUUCCUCGGGCUUUGAGGAACGAAUUAGGUUUUCGGAACUCGAAAUAGUCGAUGCCAGUGCGAUCGACAGCGGGAUCAUCUCAUCGAUGCCCGAGGGGAACUACUUGAACGGAUGGGAUGUCAAUGUAGCCGGUGUCCGGAUGAUCUCAGUCAAAAGGAGGAUUCGGCAUCACCAGCAUGCCGAAUUUCUACUUCGAGUGAAGAGGAAAGCCGGUUCAAGCUAUUAUGUCGGUCGACGAUACGGCGACUUUGUACGGCUGUACAAGAGGUUAAGGACCGAGCUCCCGGGCAAGGUUCUUCCUCCGCCUCCUAAGAAGAACAGAUCGGACACGACGGCAUCCGGCGUCGUUGGCAGCCAUAGUGAGAACAACUCUGAGACAUCGUCCAUCUCAUCGGCCUCAACACAGAAUCCCAACAGCCCCGCCCAGAGUAAUUUUGAACAGAACAGCGAUUUCAACCAAAAGUUCUUAUCGGUGAAAGACCAUCGGCUCAGUGGUAGAAAGUCCCCGCGGUCCUCAGUCGACGGUAGGCCGUCUAGCCCAUCGUUGUUCGGUCUGCGAACCGAAGAGAACGUCGUGCUACACCGCGAGAGCCAGAGAAUCUCGCUACGCGCCUUUCUACGCUCCUUGUUGCAGAACCCUCAAAUCGCCGGUACCAAGGCAAUGGAGGACUUUUUGACCGCAAACCCAAUAACGCCAACAGACGGGGAUCAUGAAGACAUCCUCCGACGAAAAAACCUAGACAAGAAGCGAGUAGAGGAGCAGAAGCGGUUCUACGAAGUUGCAAGACAACGUGCGGCUGAGCUGGACGUUUACAUGGAACAGUUCCGACAGGACAUUGUGGAACGCAAUGGCUUGACCAUGCUCUUCAAGGAAAUCAGAGAGAAGGAGACGAUUCAGGACCUGAGCUUGCAAUAUCAGAAAUUCGCCGAAUGGUUGCGAAUCGAGGUAGCGGCCACCAUCUACCAUCUCUUCCUUGCUGAAGACAAUUCCCCAGAAUUGUUUGCGCAAGCGAAGCGGAUACACUCGUUGAUCCCUUACACUCUUAUGAAGAACGUCAUUCGCGUCGCCAAUCCAGCGGCCGUCAUGUCAAGCGUCCUGGACAUCUUUCUGGCCCAGCCUUUUGGCACGAGGUCUCUGAUGCAGCGCAUCUUUUCACUGACUCUAAAUGAUGGCAUCAGAAACUUCCAACGGUCGAUAGACGACUUGGCCGACAAGAUCGGGGACUCGGUCUUUGUCGAAAAACUGAAGAGGUACACGGAUGCCGAGGAGUCAAUCAAAGCCGUGAUUAGGGAGGAAGCCGAGAACGAAGGCACCGACAUCAUCGUUGUGAUCCUGCGGUCGGACCUCAUCAGCCCGGCGCUUAACUCGCAGCAGAUUGAGCGGCUGUUUAACGCAUACGUAGCUUUCAACAGUGCGGUCGAGAACGUUGACGAGGAACUUCGCCAAGGCGCGCAGCUGUUCUCUUAUCUCAAGCAGCUAUUGAAGCUGUACAUACGGCAAAGGGACAAGGCUAUGAUGCUGAGUCUCAUUGAGGAGCCCGUCACUCUCCAGUUGUUCCGGGAUUUGUUUACCAUCUUCUACGAGCCGCUCGUCAGGGUUUACAAGUCGGCAAAUGUGUACAACAGCGUGACGGACUUUGCCCACUUCAUCGAUGACCUAAUUCAGGUUGUCGAGAGGUGCCGGGACCAGGAUGCUUCAGCGGAUCCUAACCAGACUGUGCAAGCCUUCAUUGACCUCUGCCAGCGGCACGAGCAUAACUUUUACAAGUUCGUCCACGAGGUGCACACACAUGACAACGGCCUUUUUGCGCAGUUGAUGGGAUGGAUUGAGGGGAUUCUGGAGUUCCUUCGGCGUGGCCCCCGCAACGGCAGCCUGGACGUCAACGCCCUGUUCGAAGGCGCUACGAGCAGUGGCCUCAUUGACAGGGAGAAGGCAAUUGAAGAAAUAGACAAGCUCAUUGCAUGGCAGGAGGCGCGGAAGAAAUGGCACGCAGACAAGACUAGACAGAAGAUGGCAGCCGAAGGGGUUCCCGGAGCCGCGGAGGUGGCACCCGGCACAAUGGCUUUCAAGUCCAGCGACUUUGGGCUCGAUGAAGACGACCUGGAGUUUAUGGCAAUGGACGAGGACUCGGAGAGCGAAGCCGAGGCCGAGGCCGACGAUGAGCUGGACCCUAUCGAGGCUGAGAGGAGGCGGAGGGCUCGGAAGCAGGACCGGCUGCGGCGCAAUGCCGGCGAGCCCCCGAAGCCAGAGGUGUCUGAGGUGCACAAGCUGAAAGAAAAUUUCUUGGUCAUGCUGCGGAUGGUGCUCGCGGAGUAAGAGACGGCUGGCAUACACAGCAAGCGGUAUA